CUCCACAUUCAUUUGGCAGAUAGCGCCACUUUUGGUGUGCUCCCGCUCUGGCUCUCGCUCUCAAUUUCGGUAGACUAACAGCGAAGUGGCUGCACAAAUUUGGCAUUUUCAAGUUAAUACCGCCCUCGCUGUGACUUAUCAACGCCAGUAAACAAUUGUCUGUCAGCACUAGCGCAAUGUUCUACGCUUGCCAGUGUCUAAGUCAAAUAAUUCGAAUGCUGACUUAAUUUAGUAACAACAAAAAAAAAAAAAUAAAUAACGAACUACUACCAUUGAGUGCAGCACGCCAGCCACUGUGCAAUAUUUAGAUUAAGACACUAUAAAUGUAGUCUAAAUAUUUUUCGAACUUUACGCGAUUGAAUUGAAAGAAGAAAUUUGUUUAAACAGCUGAUUUUUCUAUGACAAUAUGAAGACGAUGGUGUUGUUUCGUGUGUUAAAUGUGUGAGAUUGUGCAUUUUCCGUAGAAAGUCAAACUUUGAAGAGUUGAAGUCAAUUUAUCACAAAAAAUAUUAAAUAAACUAAAACUAAAUGAAAAAAUAGGCCUUUGCAACAAAGUUGAAACUAAAUUAUGAAAAAGUGUAAGAAAUAAAAAAACAAAAAAUAGAAAACGACCGAUUACAAAAAACAAUGAUGCUGUCAUCAUAGACAUUAGCAACAGUAACAGCAGCAAACGAAAAAAAAAAAUAUAUAGGCAACAACAAAAUUGGCGCAUGCGCCUUGGUGUAAAACUUAACGGUAUUGCAGAUUAUCGCAGUGUGUUGAAACAAUCAAGACGAGGUAAAUUAAGAGCUGCGAAAGUAUUAAAAACAGAAUACGUGAACAUUUAUCGUAAAAGUAACAAAUAAGCUGACUGAAAAAAAGUGAAAAAGAGCAAAACUAAGUGAAACGAAUGUAUGUAAAAAUCAAGAAAAAUACAUUUUAAAAAUCUAUUAUAUUUAUUUCUUUCGCUUAAGUUCAGCUGAACCAAAAUUAUCAAAUAAACUGUGAAAAAUGCUAAACGAAAAACCUAAAAAAAAAUUUAUAAAGUAAAACUUAGAGGUAUAUAGAAAUUAGUUCCGUUAAAUAAGUGACAUUUGUAGAAAAUAAUAACAGCAGAUAGUAGAAAUCUGUUUGUUCGAGCUCUAUACUAAUUUUUGGUGCGCUUUUCUUUGAUUAUACGCUCUCGCUCUCUUCCAUAUAAUUAUUUAGAUUUAUCUUUUCUUUUUAUAAUUUCUAACUGGCACUUCUCCAUUAGCUGCGCUUUACGCGAAAUCAUUAUUGAGGUAUAGAAACACCAACAACAUACAACAAAAAUAUUAACAAAUAAUUUUACAAAAAUAAAAAGGUGCAAAUUGUAAAAUUCCAUUUGUGUAAAUAAAAAAGGGCGCCAAAAACAGCUGUGAACACGUAGCAAAUGUUUUUGACAAACUAACAACAAAAACAAUAGUGAGAGCUUGCAAAGACUAAGCUAAGCUAAGAUUGACACUUUGUCACAUGAAAGCAUGGCAUUGGCUAAAUCAAAAGUGUGAGCAGAAUGUCAUAAUGAAAGAAGAAAAACAUAAAUAAAAAAACAAAAAAAGUAAACAAAAACAAAACAAAAGGCAAUAAAAAUAACUAGUAAAAAACACAAAUUUUCUAAAAAAAAACUAAAAAUAAUCUAAUUAUUAUAAUUUACAAGUGCGAAAAUAAUAGCAUAGUUUGCGAAAAUUAAAAACAAAUUGCCGAAAAAUUAUCAAAAUUUAUAAUAUAAUAAUAAUAUAUUAUAAUUUUUUUAAUGUGUGACAACAAUUGAAAGCGAAAUUUGUGAAAGAAACAAAAUAAAAUCACACAAAAACUUAACAAAACAAAAAAAUAAAAACAUAAUAAACAAAAAAGAAAAGCAAAUAAUAAUAACAACAAAAACGCCGAAAAAGAUAAACACAACAUUGACUCACGUGCCCCCAUUGAUCGUUCGCACUCUUGCCGUCGCCGCUGCGGCUACUACGAAACUGCUUCAGUUGAUCGCGCGCACGUGCCUUCUUCACUCAAUGAUCAUCGCUUCGUUUGUGUUUUCUGCUUGCUUUUCCUUUGUUUUUGUUGUUUUGUCUUGACUUUUUCUGCGGCACUUCUGCUGCUGUGCUGCAUGCAGGUGCUGUGCCAGCAGUAGUUUGAGUUUUUUGGCAGCAAAACAAAAACAGCAAUAAAAUUAAAUAACAAAAACAAAAAAAAAACCAAAAAAAAAAAUAGAGAACAACAGUUAGUGCAUGCAAUAAGCAGCAUCGAGCAGUAAAGUGCAGACAAUUCGUUGGUUGUUUGCUGCAUAGCGAUUUUGGGCGUAAUUAAGUCAUUAAAACUACAACGCGCUACAACACAUACAAACGUACCAAUAAGUGACGGCGGCAUAGCUACGAAAUUGAAAAUUUUUCAAGUUUUUAACGAAGCGUGCGCGUAUAAUAAAAAAGAAAAAAAUAUAUAUAUAAUCGAAUAUCAAUAACCGUUUUAACAGCAACAUCUGCUAUCUUCGACACACUUUUAAUCAAUAUCACAAACAUCGAAGUCCCCCAUAUCAAUUUUUCCCCCUAUAAUCACUCACAUAAGUGCAAUAAUAAACAUAAAUAAAAUCACUAAAUAAAAUAAUUUUAAUUAAAAUCAUUUAAUCUGUUGUGCAAAGUGAUGAGUUUUAAUACAAAAAUUAAAUAAUAUAAAAAUCGCAUCAAGGUGGCAUCACAUUACAACUUACAACUAAUUACAAGCUAACAAACAAACGUCUUAACUUCAUUCAUACAACGAUUCUGUGAUAUAAGAACCAAAAGAUGAAGUCGUUGACCUUGCAGCUCAUCACGUUACUUCCGUUGCUAUUGCUGUUGUUGUUCCUAACACAACACAGUCAAAAUAUGGUUGACGCAGCGGCGGAAGGGAAGCAGACAACUUCCGCUCACAUUAAUAAGCGUACAACGUCGACAACAACACAACAGCCACCAUCGUUGCGUGCGCCGCGACUCAUGCGCACACCGCGCCCUACCACGGUGAUGACGCAUCCGACAGCAAGAACAAAAACAACAACCAUCAAACCUGCAACAGUCAGCGCGCCGAAGCAGCAGUCAUUUGCGCAAACAGCGCGUCGUGCAGCGCCCAACUUCAAAGCCGCUACAGUAACGACACCGCCAUCAAUACGCCGCCCGACACGCGGCGCUGAUGAGAGCGCGCCAACAAAUGUGCGCCAAAAUCGUAGUUUUCUGAGCGCGGCAGCGACGCAAAGCUUACAAAAUGCCAAUGCAGAUGCAGUGGCGCCGGUCGGUAGGAGUGUUGAUGCCAACAAGACAAACAAACAAAUUGACAGCCGCCAAAUAAAGCGUGUCGCACACAAGAACAACAACAAUAAUGCUGGCCAACAACAACCAGGCAGUAACAAUAGCAAUUAUCAAAAUGCCAACGACAAUGUAGCGCGCACGAGCGCUGUGGCAAGCGCAGCUAAAGUGCCAGCAACGGCUUCAUUGUCGCCAUCUGUGACGUCUACAAUAACAAAUACUUCUAGCAGCGGCGCUUUACGUACAACGUCAUCAAUUGAUUCCAAACCAAGCGUUGCGAUGACGAAUCAUCACCAGCAGCCGCCACUACAGCGCCAGUCAAAACAAAUCGCCAACUUUGCGGCGCGAACCAACGUGCAACGCGAAACGCCAACACUGCAGACAGACAACAAUGGUGCUGGCACGGCGAAUUCGACGCGUCUGCCGCAGACACCAAAAUCACCACGCAUGAUCCAUCGUCUUGUAGCGGGUCACAUUCAAAACGCAGAAGGACGUUCCACCUAUCAGGUUUCCGCCAUCACGGCAAACAGCACAACUAGUAAUUCAACAACUCAUAAGCCGCCAUAUCAAUAUGUGCGUACCAAAGGAGGACAACUGGCCAUGAGUAGUUCGUAUCGUUUAACAAAAGUAAGUACAACUGCUGUCACGCCAACGAAUACAGCUGCAACUACAACAGCAACGUCAUUUCUAACAAAAACCGAUCGCAAAGACACCACGUUGAAUGAUGAUGAUAAUACCGAUGAUGAAGCAUUGUUGGAAGAUGACGGCGAUUUCGAUAGUUGGGAUAACGGUAUCUUGCGCCUUAGUGCCGGCUCAGGCAAAGAGAACACCGUUAAGUCGAAGAAAAGUAAAGACGAAUCAAAGAAGACACUGUCUGAUCAAGUACGUGACGGCAAGUAUGGGCUUAUCGAAAAAGAAAUAUUUCGUCGACCGCCCAAAAGACCUGGUGUUAUUAGCUACUUACCGAAUAAGGAGACACCCAUAGAUAAUGAACGCACUUUUGGUGGUCUCAAUGAAGAGGACAUUUGGCUGGCUGAGGAUCAUUUGCUUGUAAUCAAGGGUGGUAAUCUCAAUGAGGGCGAACCGGAUGAACCGUGGCCUCCCAUCGACGAUUACGAUGCACCCGGUCGACAAAUCAAAAUUCCACCGAAUCCAAAAGUCCCGCCACCAUUUCCCGUCCAGCUCGAGGAGAAUGGGCCACUACAGUUUAUCGGAAAUAAUAAAUUCACGGUCGUCUAUCCGAUCGCUAACGAAUCGAUACCAGUUUAUACCGCCGGCGCGGAAGCCAACUACCCAUCAACCGAAAGUGAUAGUGACAACGAGAAAAAUCUUCUUACCCGGCCGGGAUCGGCUCAAGAUGUUGCGCAAGGUGAACCGGGUUACAACUACCCGGCACCCUCACCGCCGUGGCUAUAUCACAACCAAACUUUCGUGAAUCCCUUCUUGAAUAAUGCACGACCCAUUUCAUACCCAAAUCUGGGUCCAUUUACUUUUUCACAUAACGGUUCGUUAGACAAUUCGAAUGGUACCGAUUAUUUCGAUGAAGAUGAUCCAUCAUUGUACUACCCGCCCGCAUAUACUUUUGUCUAUAAAAGUAACUACACAAAUCCAGUGCCGCCGGGUCCAUUAGUGCCAGGAAUAGUACUACCGCCACCCGCCAAUCAGUUUAGUCGUUUGGAGAAACCCGAGAAAGUUCAUACGCCUUCAAGACAUCGCGGUUAUGGCACACCUUCACCCACUACGAGUACAACAACUACCACAACAAGCACAACAACUACUUCAACAACAACCACCUCAACCACAACUGAGGCGCCCUAUCGGCCAAAAGUUAUCACGAAAAUACAUCAGUAUUCUCCCAAAACAAUUAUCAUUACACCAGAGCCACCACAUGCUGUACAACAUGUGCAGCCAAGUAAACAACCGCCAGCACCACCGGCGCCCGCACCGACCGCGUCGCCACCGGGUAUCAUUCACGCUAUACCUGUGCCAGUGGCAGUACAUAUACCCAUCUUUCCGUCCCACAAAUAUCCACAAUCGCGCCCGAAUGCCAUCGCUUAUGAAUCAACCACACCGCGUAAUAACCAAGCACCACUUUCGAAAUCCAACCCCAUCUACUAUGAAUACUUCGAGGCUAAACGUCAGCCUAAUGGUGUUACCACUAAUGUUAUCGAUGAUUUCCUCUCCACUACCGAAAAGCCGGCACUAGCUAAACCAAUCAAAUUAUAUGCAACCAGCAAACGGCCCUUCAAAUCACAGCCGCAAAACCAACGCAACUUCUUGCCGCCGCAGUUGCAGCCACAACGUCCAUACCUGCCACAAGAUGUGGUCUACAUCACACCUAAACCGGACGCGGUGCGAUACAAGCGACCACCACAAGUGCCGAUCGAACCAACUGUCUACAAACCACGUCCGCUGGAGAACUUUGAAGAAGAGGUAAAUGCGAUACGCGAAACACUGCGUUACUACCAAAACCAACAGCUGCGUGACAACAACAUACCACGCACACCAAAAGCCAAACCUAUAUACGAGUUCAAUUUCGAUGCAACAAAGAAUUUGGAACCGGCGCAACCUACAGCGGGCGCUGAAGACUUUCAACCACCAGCCGAAUAUGAUGAAGCACCCUUCAAACCAAUGGUCACCUAUAGUCCACCGGUGAACGACGAGAAUUCUUUCCAAGCCAUUAACGUUGAGAAAACGAAUGCGCAGUUGCAGCAGCAACAACAACAAGAAGACCAAUACUCACAACCACAGCAACAAGCGCGUUAUCAGUCGACCACCACACUCGUGCCAAUACAACCCGAUACGCCUUACCAACAAAUAGCGCCUCUAUCACAAGGGCGUUCGAAAAAGUUGCGCUUGGGCGCUAAAUAUUUACAGCAAACACCACUUCUAGCCGAAUACCGCUCAGCCGAACCAGAACUGCGUCAAUACCAAGGUAACCAGCGCACACACGUCACCACGCAAACACCUUGGGUUUCAUUGAAUCAACAACAAGAGCUGAACGAGUACACGCAACCGCCGCAGUAUCAACGCAUUGAGCGGCCACCAGUCGCAUUCGCCCCGAAACAACGCGGCUUGAAUGGCUACUAUUAUGGUGGUCCGGCGCUGCAUGCACGACAAAACAAUCGCUUCUAUGAGGAGCCCUUCCAACAACGGCGCGUCAUCAAUUAUCGGCAACCGCCACAGUCUAAUUAUCAGCAGCCACAGCAACAACCACAAACACUGUGGAGUUUAGAGAAUGAUACAUAUGUGAAUUACGCACCAAAUCGACCGCCGCUCAAUCCAGACGCGGAAUAUAUUAAUCCCUAUCAACCAGCAUUACCGCAAGGUCCUUUUUCGCCGCAAUUACAACGUUAUACAGCGCCACAACAACCACCAGGUCCAGCACUUUCACACCAAGCGCAAUACUAUGCGCCACCACAACUACAACAACAACAGCAACGACAGCAACAACAACAGCAAUUGCCGCCACCACGUCAAUAUCAACCACAAAUUCCACUGCAUCGUGACAUUUUGGUCAACUACCGGCAGCCAUUGCCGCCCAUCAAUCCAGACAGUGAAUACAUUUCACAUCCACAAGUGGUACGACCACAAGUCUAUUCACCGAUAUAUCGAUCUAACGGCUUUCAGCGCCUGCCGCCGCAACUGGCCGCGACGGGUGAGCAGGACGGCCUCUAUUACAUAGCGCCGAAAUAUCGGCGUUCCAAUAAUAGCAACGGCAGUGGUAGAAGUAAUAAUGAAAAUAAUAACAAUAACAACAACAAUAGCAACAACGAAAACAAAAAUAACAAUGAUAACAGCAGCAACGACAGCCAAAGUCGUAGCGAUGAGGGCGUCAAAGCGACUGCAAAUUCAAAUACGAAAACGCCAACGCGCAGCAAUAACGGUAAUGUUAAUCACUAAACAAAAAGUGGCGGUGAUAGGAAAAGCGGCAAAGCUAAAAAAGGUUUUAUUUGUGGUGUAAGUGUCAGCGGACGGCCACGCAGCGCGCGUGUGUCUGGCUGAGUGGCUGUUUGAUUGAGUGCUUGUAUGAUUGAAUGAGCACUUGUGCAUUGCUGUGCGUGCAACUGUUUUCGCUUUUACGUAUGCCUAUCUUAACGGUUUGCGUUGCACCAACAUUCGUAUGUGUGUAUAUGUAUUUGUUUGCCCGCCAACUUGCCUAUCUGCGUAUUGCUCAUUAAUACUAAGCAAAUUGUACUUCUCCAAUUAACAGCUGCGGCAAAGCCUAGCGGAGCGCAAGCCAAAUUGUAAGCGUUUUAAGCUGUCACAGCGUUGGUGCUUGUUUGUUGUAGGCAUCGUAAGUUGUAGGAAAGUGUAUCAAUAUUACUACCAAAUAAUACUGACACAUUCAAGUUUGUUUCAACACAUAUUUUGGUGAUUAUCUAUGAGUGAUUCGUAUAUUUUUUCUUUAAUUAUCUCUAUAUUAUAAUGACAGCUACAUUCUUAAUUAAGGAAUUCGAAAUCCAGACAAAUCAAAAUAAAGACACAACAAAACUAAAUUAGUCAAAAUUUUACACAAAAGUUAUAAGUAAAUAAAAAAUUCCAUUCACAUUUAUCCUAGCAAAAUUUCCCUUAGUUAACUUAUUAUGCAUUGUGUCUUAAUUAUGAUUGUCUGCAUUCUAAGCGUAUCGAUUUCAGCUGUCCGAAUUACCUUAUAAACUCUAAAACUAUACCUUUGUUGCUUGCUUCAUCUUUCAUCAUAAUUUAUAGAAAAUUAUUUCUUAUAUUUUCUGCUCUAUUGCAAAAAUGUUUUCUAACUGAACUUUACUCAAAAUCUGUAGAAAAAUGCUCCAGCAUGUUAGUCAAAGUGAAUGACUUUUUAUUAGAAGAGUUCUAUUUUUAUUAUAGUUUUACUAUUUCAUUGUCCAAAAACCCUGAAGGAAAAAAUUAUCAUUCCAUUAUCACACCAUUUAUUUUUACAAGUUUUGCACGAAUAUUAUGAACACUUCCAUCACAUUUUAUAGUUUUCUAGCUGUACCAUGCGCGCCCAGAAUCAGCUGAUAUUCUUUUUGCCUCAAUUUACACUCGAUGUGCACUGGAUCCAGCAAAAGCACAGCCAUUGUCUGUUCAAUGUGUGCCGACAUAAAUUUCACAAUAGGAAUGACACUGGCGCCAUCUAUCAAAAAUUGGUCAUACCAACUCAAAAUCCUUCUUUGGCUCAUACACAACAACUUUGCUAAGGAUCAACACAUGAUCAAAAGCAUAGUUUACGUGUCUAUAAAGGACACACAAACAAACAUUUAAUUUUAUAUAUAUUGAUUCAAGCUUUUAUGAAAUUUAUCUUUCCAAUAUUAUUCCAUUUGUAAUACUUUUAUGCCUACCAAAAAGUAUAAGGGCUUUCCAUUCACAGCCAUUAAACAGCCCAGCAAAACAUAACAGAUUUUGGUAGUUAAAUCGAUCAUUUCUACCAGCCAUCCAGAAGUGUCCAGCACUGGGAAGAGUUUUUUAUCUCGCUAAACGUUAUCGGAAAUAUUUUUUCAAAAUCUUCGUUACCUGUUCCAUCGUUUGGCCAACAUUCCUGCAUCAGAAAUUUUGAUGCAAUAAUAUCAAAAAGUUGCAUAUCAAUACUUUUUAUAACUCAUUCGACUCUGAAAAAAAUAUUUAGCUUUAUAGAUUAUAUUAGCAACAUUCUGAGAUGUUUCUUAUUCUUUGAAUUUUCUGGACCCAUCCUUCGGACUUUAUUUCUAAUACUAAUAAUCAAAAUACGAAUCAGCCUACUGGAAAAAUCGUCCAUUUAAUUUUAUACAAAAGGUUUCGUUUUGAAAAUGUUUUGAAUUAAAGGGCUGUGCGAUGUAUAACUGUUAAAAAAUAUAUAUAAUUAGUUUUGAAUAACAAACAUUAAUGUUGAACUAUUUACUAAUUUUUUAAUGGAACUAAAAAACAAAAUUUGGAUCUACAACUAAUUCUAAGUACUUUAGUAAUCAUAAACUAGGUACAAAUAUGUGAAAUAUACAAUAGUAUAAAUAAGAAAACAGACUCUUUCAAAUUUUUUUUAUUUUUAUUUUUUUUUUUUUGUAAAUACAUAAUUUUUUUAAAGUACCGGUUAAAUAUUGUAAUAUUGGUUCUGAUAAAAGAGAUAUAUAUUGUAUUGGAAUAAUCGCAUAGUCCUUUUCUUUUUCGGCGGACAAAGAAAAAUAAAUAUAUAUUAAAGGACUUUCUUCCGAAAAUAAGUUCGUGGAACGCAUUUCUAAACGACAAAACAAUAUCUUAAUUGAAACUAUUUUUUACCAUUAAUUGAGUUUUUGGCAAAUUGUUUACAUUAUUUCGGGCACUUUGAACACUCUGUACUACUUGUAUAAUCAAAAAACAUUUUGUGAUUUAAUCUAAAAAUUGUGUCCACCACACUAAAAAAAUAAAUUUUCAUUGAAAUUUUGAUUAGCUACCAUUUUAUAUAUCUUACUUACAUCUAUAUUCUCUUCGAAAAGUUAUUUCAAUAAUAAUCGUCUUCCAUUCGUGAGGGUUUAAAGAGUGGCGUAACACACAAAUAAAAAAUUAACUAAAUGCCAGCAUUGGAAACAGUCCGCAGUAAACUUGGCAGCAUUGCCUGUGCGAAUCGAAAGCGAAGAAUAAGUUGUGCUUUAGUUUUAAAAAUAAAAAACUAAAGAAAUAAAGUCAAAAACAGAUGAGAGAAAUGUUGUGAUAUUCCAUGGUUAUUCGACACAGCAAAAUAUCAUAUCUUUUCAGAUUGCCAGAGAACAAAAAUGAAAGUAUACAAACCGUAUUCACCAAGGAUGUAUUGAUAACUAUAAACAUAUAUCAAUACCAUAUCUAU